GCACGGCGGUUGUGCGCUGUGGGCGUGGAAGGAUGAAAUAUGGUGCUUUACAGGCAUGGAAGAAGAUGAGUCAGCACCUCAGGGAGUUUUCCUCCGCGGGCCCGGAGCCUGCCGUUAACCGUGCGGGAGCCGCAGGGAUAUGAAUUGCCGUCGCCCCGGCGCCUGGGUGCCCGCGGCGCGCAGGGACUGAGCAGGAGCCGGACGGGCCAUGGGGUGUCCUGCGUGGGGCCUCGCCCGCACCCCGGGCACUGCCGUCUCCGGCUGAGAAACUGCUGCUGUGAGACCCUGACGGCUCUUCCUGACGGCUUGGAGGGGUGAACACGAGUGUGAGCUCCCACCUGCCACCACACCUGAGGCACCUGCUCUUGGUCUUCAGAGAGCCCAGUGCAAGCGCCGCAGGAGGAGCUGGGCUGAAUAAAAGAGCUCUGUUUGAUGUCUGAAUGCACAGGGGACUCCCCCUCCUCCUCCAACUCCCACCCCUUUUAUUUCGCUCCCGAGCCCUCUCUCCUUCCUCCUCCCCUUCCUUUCUCUCCCGCUCCGCUCUGGCUCACGCACACCCUUUGCAGACCGUGCGCUCAGUGCCAGUGUCUAAUGGCCCCGAAGUGAAGAGCCAAGCGCUGCUCCGGCGGCGGCGCGGCCGGCCUGUCGCAGAUGAACCCUCCUAACUAGCGCCGAGGGGUCGGGAGGGACGGCGAGGAGGGGAGAGCCCGAGGGGCCAGCCGGGAAGACGAGGAUAGCGGUGGAUAGCAGUGUGCGGAAGAGGACGGACCCGCGAACAGCUCCACGGCUACCUGUCGACACAUGCUGUGCUCCAUGGCUAACUCGGGCUGCCUCCUUGUCUCCAACUCAGGCAUGCUUCCUCACUCUCUCCCCUGUCCUCCAGCCUUCCUCUACCUCCAACAGGGUAACCAGGACGCCACGGCUCCACCAGACGCGAUGGCUCAACCCUACCCCCCGGCCCAGUACCCCCCGCCCCCCCAGAACGGGAUCCCCGCAGAGUACGCACCACCACACCCCCACCCCACGCAGGACUACUCGGGGCAGAGCACAGUACCGGAGCACGCCAUGACCCUCUACACACCAGCACAGAGCCACACCGAGCAGCCAGGCACCGACGCCAGCACACAGUCCAUAGCAGGGACACAGACGGUACCGCAGACAGACGAGGCGGCACAGACAGACAGCCAGCAGCUACACUCCUCAGACAACACAGAGAAGCAGCAGCCCAAGAGGUUACACGUCUCCAACAUUCCCUUUCGAUUCCGGGACCCUGACCUGCGGCAAAUGUUUGGGCAAUUCGGGAAAAUUCUGGAUGUGGAGAUCAUUUUCAAUGAGCGGGGCUCCAAGGGUUUUGGGUUUGUAACUUUUGAAACUAGCACAGAUGCCGACCGGGCACGGGAGAAGCUGAAUGGCACCAUCGUAGAGGGCCGGAAGAUUGAGGUGAACAAUGCCACGGCCCGUGUCAUGACCAACAAGAAGGUGGCCAACCCCUACACCAAUGGCUGGAAGCUGAACCCGGUGGUGGGAGCAGUCUACGGCCCCGAAUUCUACGCAGUAACGGGGUUCCCAUACCCCACCACGGGAACGGCCGUGGCCUACCGAGGGGCACACCUACGGGGUCGAGGACGUGCCGUCUACAACACCUUCCGGGCCGCGCCGCCGCCACCGCCCAUCCCCACCUACGGCGCGGUCGUCUACCAGGAUGGGUUCUACGGAGCUGAGAUCUACGGGGGCUACGCUGCCUACAGGUACGCCCAGCCCGCAGCAGCAGCAGCCGCGUACAGCGACAGUUAUGGCAGAGUGUACGCAGCAGCAGACCCCUACCACCACACCAUCGGCCCCGCCGCCACGUACAGCAUUGGCACCAUGGCUAGUCUAUACCGAGGAGGGUACAGCCGCUUCACUCCCUACUAGCAAGACAGACCCAGCCCCCCCACCACUGCCCCCGAUGCUCACUAGCACCAAACCAAACCAGGCAGACAGAGCCGAGGCCGAGCCUGCGGAGGACCCGCGGGUGCUGCCCGGGUGGCCGGGGCUGGCGCCGGGCUCUGUGGGGCCACAGCACCCCACACCCAUAGGGUUACCUCAGCCGCUCCGUCCUGCCGCCUGCCCGCCUCUCCUGCACCAUCUGCCUGCCCCAGGGACCGCGGGGAGUGGGGCCAGCCCUCAGCCCCAACAGCACCCUGUUCCCACAGCCGGGGUGUGGGGUCCCCCCUCUGCCCUGGCUGGGGUGCAGAGGGCUCAUCCCCCCGCGAGGCAGGCGGGGGUGCUCAGCCUGCAGGGAUGCUUGCUCCACAGGCGCUGGGGCUCGGGGUGACAGCAGGCCCCCAAGCAGCCCCUCUGCCCCCAUAGGAGAGAGAGGAGCCAGCUGGGGUUGGUGCCAGCUCUGGGGACUGACGAGGCUGGGGUGGGUUCAGGAUCCCGGGGCAGCCCCCCGGGCAGGAGCGCUGCUCUGGCCUGACCGUGCUGCUCUGCGGAGCUGAGUGUGGUGGGCUGGGCUGGGUGCGGGCCGGGGGGCCGGGAUGGUGCCCGUGUGCCCCCUGGCCAGCAGCUCAGCCUGAGUGCUCCAGCGAAAGACCUGCCUCUCUUGUUUCUGUUGUAGUGAACCCGUGGCCGUUUCCUUCUGGGACCAGGAAGGGCAAAAAUAUCCACACACACACAAAAAAAGAACCCCAAAAUAUAAAAAUUAAAAGCAAAGCAACAAAAAUUUAAAAAAAAAACCCAACAAAAAAAAACCAACAAAAAAAACAAAGCCAAGCGGCAGCAGCCAAGUGAGUCCCAACUGUCCACACACACCGAGUGCGCGAGUCCCAGAGGAGCCGCGGCGAGCACCGGCGGUCGGAUGCGCCGGAGGGACCCCCAGCGCCCCGGCCCCACAGCCCAGCAGGGAGGGAGCCGGUGCAGGCAGGCGUGAGGGUCUGCAGGGGUCCACGGGGCCCUCACCCGCCCAGGUGCAGGGCCUGGGCACCACGUCUUCCUUUCCCUGGUGCAGCAGCGCUGGGGGUGCCGGCAGAGCGCUGCGCCCUGCCCGGCUCGUGGGACCGGGUGGCGGGGUGGGGACCUGGCUUUGUGCCACCCGAGCCCCGGCGCUGACGGCCAUCAGCGUGUCAAGUGUGCGAGGCCUCAGCUCCAGCGCGGAGCUGGGGCGGCGGCGCGGUGCUGAGGUAUUGCAGGGGACGAGCCUCUGCCUUUUAAAGGGAACUUUUGUUAAGAGGAGCUUGCAACUCGCUUGUGACCCCUUCCCCUUCUUCCUCCCUCCAUCCUUGCCACCCGCGCUCCCACCCUGCCCGGAGCAGCCCUGACCAAAGCUGGGCCAGGCACUGCCCCAGUCCCACUCCCGCUUGCUUUGUGGCACGGGACACGCUCAUGGCCACCUGUCCCUGCCUGAGGCGGCGGGAUGCCCCCAGCCCGGGGUGUGGGGUCUCGGCCACUGCAUCAUCCACAAGGGACCCACCCAAGCCGCAAGGCUGGGCUGCAGGCACACUGGGUGCGGUGCCCAGUGGCACGGGGCACUGCGGAGCCCAUCCCGGGGUGCAGCGUCGUCCCGCGCCGUUACGGCUCUGCCACUCCUCGAACCUCACUUUAUAGUCUGCAGACGCCCCCGACGCCCCAGCGAUGAGCUCCCCCUUUUCUAUUCCCAGUGUACAUAGCCCUGGCCCCCGCCCCCCUGUACAAAGCUCCGUCCAUCGCUGUACUGGCUUCUCCCUUACAGCACCCCUGCGCCGCCCCGGCGUGCGGGCUGGCGCCGGCCCGUCCUGUAUGCUUCAAAGUGUGACCAUUCUAAUAAACAGUACUAUUAUUAUUAUUACUAUUAUUAUUAUUACAAGGAUUAUUAUUAUUAUUAUUAUUGAAAUUAUUAAUAAAGAUUUCUUUCUUCAA